AUGGCCAAACUCAAGCCUCUGUGCGAGAAGUAUAGGUUACUCCCAUGUGAACGCGGGAUUACGUCGUGGGCGUUGUGCACAUGCUAUCUCGAUGGUACACUUAAAGACGGCAAGAAGCCGUGGCUGUACAAGAUGCUUUCGCGGCGCAAGCAGCGAAAUGAACGCGCAGUACGCAUCGCUGCAGGUUUCGGUUGGAGUAAGAACCAGGUAUUUGGGGAUCCGGCUGAGCAGCAGGCACCAGAUUCGAACACUAAUCGAGAACUGAGAAGACUCGCGGAGAUGCCAUGUGUCGUGUUUGGAAACGCACCGGCAGGACACGUCGCAGGAUUAGACCGGAGCGGCAGAUUGGCUGGCGAAAGCUUGGGAGCUUGCUGGGUGCCCUGA